GGCGGCGGCGUCACGUCACGACACGUCACGUCACGCCAAGUCACGCCACGUUCCCCAGCGUUUAGUUCGCAGCCGCGUUACGGCCGCAGGUUCGUUCGAGGCGGAAAGGAUUCUUAGUCCGUCUCGCUCCGAAGGGCUGAGAUCUUUAGCCCGUUUAUAGACAGCGAUUUGCGGAGAGGGAGAACAUGGAGAUGGACGCCAGUUUGGAUCAUGAGAUUAAGGAAUGGCUGCGGCUGGAUAAGAACCCAAAGACGCUGUCUACGGUACGGAGUAUGCAGGCGGACGGUGCGACGGAGAAGCUGCGGCAGUGCUUCGGAGCUCGCAUGGAGUUUGGGACGGCCGGCCUCCGGGCCGCCAUGGGACCCGGUGUCUCCUGCAUGAACGACCUCACCAUCAUCCAGACCACCCAGGGGUUCUGCAGGUAUCUGGAGAAGAACUUCCCAGACCUGAAGAAACGGGGAGUUGUGAUUGGGUACGAUGCUCGGGCCCACCCGCCCAGCGGGGGCUGCAGUAAGAGGUUUGCCACCCUGGCCGCCGCCGUGAUGAUCAGCCAAGGGGUCCCGGUCUACCUCUUCAGUGACAUCACGCCCACCCCCUUUGUGGAAACUGAACCACACAUUUCUGUGAUUCACUGGAGAGCACCUUUUACGGUGUCUAAUCGGAGCCUUUGUGCUGGGAUCAUGGUGACGGCCUCCCACAACCCUAAAGAGGACAACGGCUAUAAGGUUUACUGGGAGAAUGGCUCCCAGAUCAUCCCGCCCCAUGAUAAGGAGAUCUCCAGGUACAUCGAGCAGAACCUGGAGCCCUGGCCGCAGUCCUGGGACGAGCAGCUGGUCAAGGAGAGCCCUCUGCUGCAGGACCGGACCGAGGAGAUCAGCCGGGAGUACUUCGAGACCAUUCAGAAGCUCUGCUUUCACAGAGAUACUAACAAGAGCUCCAAGGUGAAGUUUGUCCACACCUCUGUCCACGGCGUGGGCCACGCAUUCGUGCAGUCGGCAUUUAAGGCCUUCGAACUCCCACCUCCCCUGCCGGUGGAGGAGCAGAAGGACCCCGACCCCGAGUUUCCCACAGUGAAGUACCCCAACCCAGAGGAAGGAAAGGGGGUCCUGACCCUGUCCAUCAAGCUGGCCGACAAAGAGAGAGCCACCGUCAUUCUGGCUAACGACCCCGACGCCGAUCGCCUGGCUGUGGCUGAAAAGCAGCCGAGCGGCGAGUGGCGGGUCUUCUCCGGCAACGAGCUGGGUGCCCUGCUGGGCUGGUGGCUGUUCCGCUGCUGGAAGCUGAAGAACCCGGAACCUGCUGCAGUCAAGAACGUCUACAUGCUGGCCAGCACGGUGUCCUCCAAGAUCCUGCGGGCCAUAGCGCUCAAGGAAGGGUUCCACUUCGAGGAAACCUUGACCGGUUUUAAGUGGAUGGGGAACCGAGCCAAGCAGCUGCUGGACCAGGGCAAGACGGUGCUGUUUGCCUUCGAAGAGGCUAUAGGUUACAUGUGCAGCCCGGAAGUGCUGGACAAAGACGGCGUGAGCGCGGCCGCCAUCGUCGCCGAGUGCGCCUCCUCCCUCCGUGCCCAGGGCCACACGCUCACCCAGCAGCUGAGCGCCAUCUACGAGGAAUACGGACAUCACAUCACCAGCAACUCCUACUUCAUCUGCCACGACCAGGACACCAUCCGGCAGCUUUUCGAGCGUCUCCGUAACUACGACGGGGAGGACACCUACCCCAAAUCAUGCGGGACGUUUACCGUGUCCGGCGUGCGCGACCUCACCGCGGACUAUGAUAGCAGCCAGCCCGAUAAGAAGGCGGUGCUCCCGAUUAGCAAGAGCAGUCAGAUGAUCACGUUCAGCUUCUCCAACGGUGGAGUGGCAACCAUGAGGACCAGUGGCACUGAGCCCAAGAUCAAGUACUACACUGAGCUGUGUGCUGCACCCGGAAACAGUGAUUUGGAACAGCUGAAGGAAGAGCUGGAUGAGUUGGUGGACGCCAUUGUGAAAUUUUUCUUUGAGCCAGAAAAGAACAAACUGUCACCAAGGCCACAGUAGCAAAAUUCCUCUCCGCCAUUCACCGUGACUAAAUAAAUAUAUGCUGUUAGCGUUCCCCUUUGAUGGUUAAGAAAUUAGCUGGUAAUCGACAUUCCUAAAAUCCCAGAAAUUAUAUUGUGACUAAUUGAUAACCUGGGAUUGAAACUUCAGCUGAUUUUCAGGUUUGUUUUCUAAUCUUGGAUUUAGAUAAGGGAACAAUCAACAAAAUAGAGCAUUUAUUUAGUGUGAACACUCACAUUUGUGAAUAAAACCUUUGUUACUCUGUGUGAGAAUCUUUUAACCUUUACCAAACCAAGUUUUAGCUCCGGUUUAAGAGCCUUGUAAGAAGAUGCACCGAUAAGUCGAUACCUUGUUAUUACUGUAUAAUUCUGAUCGAACAAGAAACCUAACCGUUAACUGUUUACAUACUUUUCAAGUAUACUCAUGAAGCAGGACACACCAUACGUCAUGCCCAGAGGGUAAAUUGGCGGACUCUACGCACUUUUCAGCUACCAGGUUACAUACUUGAAAAGUGUGUAGAGUGCACCAAGGUACCCUCUGGGCAUGACGCACUCCAUCAAAGAGUUUCUCUAGAAACCACUUAACUGUUUGUAAAAAAAAAAAAUUAAAUAAAUAAAUUUCAAUCCUCUGUAUAAGCACGUUUCUUGUAUGCAUUGAAAUGAUUCUGAAAGAAAUUUCAAACAUGGAGGGUUAACAGUAACCCAGCAGGAUUUGCCUGUAUCAUAAAUUAUCUAACCCCCGUUUUCAGUCAUUCCCUGUUUUAAAAUGUCUGUCGCCAGGUGGCACUAAUACUAAUACUUACGGUAAAAACCACAUUAGGCAGGGCGUACAUAUGGGGGGUCCUGCUUCUUGAGUAUACUGAUUAAAGUGUUGCUACAGAAAUGUAUCUUCCCAGAAAAGUGUUAAAAGGCAUUUUAAAUGUAAAGCUUGAACGGAAUAGUCAUGAUUGAGAUAUGCAGCUGCUUAAUCCUGUCCGCAAUACAAGGAAUACUGUAAUUACAAAUACAAAAGCUUCAUUUGAGUAUAGUCUCAAUUCUCAUAGAUAUACUGUAAUAAAGCGAAAGCUAUUGGUACUUCAUUUAAUAAAUAAACGAUACUAAUACCGAUGCAAAGUACAUUA